AUGUCUCUCCCUACCGUUAACAAGCAAUGGACCACCCAGCAGUCUGGUCUUCAAGACCUCACUCUAGGAUCAUCCCCAGUCCCAACACCAGGUGAUGGACAAGUUCUCGUCAAAAUCCAUACCGUCGCCCUCAAUUAUCGCGACACUGAAGUGAUAAUGGGCCUCUACAAUCACCACAAAACCACAGGCUCUGCACCCUCAUCUCUGGUUCCUUGUUCGGAUAUCUCUGGAACCAUCAUCACAUCCAACACUCCGAAAUGGAAGUCUGGGGAUCGUGUCCUGGCAAUUUUUAACCAGUCGCAUAUCCGUGGUCAAGUGACUGCAAAGGAUAUGGGCAGUGGAUUGGGUUUACCUACAGAAGGUUGUCUGCAAGAAUAUCGUGUAUUUGACGGAGAAGGAUUGGUUAGGAAACCAGACUACCUCUCGGAUGAAGAAGCUUGCACGCUGCCAAUUGCGGGAGUCACAGCUUGGAUGGCUAUCAAUGGGAUGAGACCAUUGGGACAACCGGCUGGAAAGGGAGAAAGUGUGUUGAUACAAGGAACUGGGGGAGUAUCGAUCAGUGGAUUGCAAAUUGCCAAGGCCAGUGGCAUGGAAGUAAUAAUAACGUCCUCCUCCGACGCAAAACUCGCAAAAGCCAAAUCCCUCGGCGCAGACCACACCAUUAAUUACCGCACCCACCCCACCUGGUCCGAAGAAGUCAUCAAAAUCACCAACGGCGACGGCGUGUCCAAUAUUUUUGAAACAGGCGGUGCGCUCACUCUUCGUCAAUCAUUCGAUGCGAUAGCGUUUGGUGGUCUCAUUAAUUGUAUCGGCUAUCUGUCCGGGAAAGAAGACGAAGGUGCGGAUCGCACGAAUACGAAUGUUUUGGCGCUGAGGAGAAAUGUUACGUUAAAGGGCAUACUAAAUGGACCAAGAGAGAGGUUUGAGGAAAUGUUGGGCUGGUAUGAGGAGAAUAGGGUUAGGCCGGUGGUGGAUAGGGUGUUUGGGUUUGUGGAGGCGAGGGAGGGGUUGGAGUAUUUGUACAAGGGGGGUCAUUUUGGGAAGGUGGUGGUUAGGGUUAGCGAGUGA